GCAGCUGCAAUCGCUCCGUGGUUCUUCGCAGGCGUCGGACAAGCCCGGCGGAACCCUCGGGGAGGCGCUGCGGAAUGGUUUCCACACCAUGGACGACCUGCUCAUUUCGCCAGACCACGAGAGGGAGCUGCUCCUUCUGAAGCAGGGCAAGACCAUCGGGAGCUCCUCCAGCAGCUCGCCCGCUGGCCCCAGUGGCAGCCCCAGCGGGUCCGCCGACGCGGACCCCGACGCGAGCAGCGAG